AUGAGACGAGGCGGCGUGCUGCUUCUAAGGGUCGAACGGGCACUGACCCCCAGCAGUCUGCUGCAGACUAUCCGCAGCGAUCCAGGGAUGACGACCACGUACUAUGCCAAUCGCUAUUUUGGCCGAGAGAACGUGAUGCACUUGAACCACCUCCUCUGGGGCGUCCUGAAACGCAAUGGCAAGGUAGACAUUGACCGCGCCGACGGCAAGGAUGCUGCACCGCGUUGGUAUCCGCUGUUUUCGAACCCGAAGCGGCAUCAGGUGCGACCGCACAAUCCAGAUGAAGAGGACCUGUCAUUUCUCCGGAAUACCCCGGCGACGGCUCCAACGGCGCCCGAAAUGCCUGCCGACACUCCUGCGUCGGUUUCUCGCGCGGGCUCUUGUGAGCUGGAGAGCGCCAUCGUGGAACUCGUGCAGGCGGUGCCGGGCAAGGACAUCCACUACUACAUAAUGGAGCUGCCUUUUCAGUACCGGCGCAGCGCCCCGAAGGCGUUCAAGCGCCUGCGUGAAGCGGGGCUGCUGAUGCGCGAGGCCACCAACUUAGGCACCUAUGUGUGGCGGUAA